AUGACCAAAACUGCUAAUGUUCAUGUGUCAAUUAUGUCAGAUUUGACAAGUGAAAAUGAAGUUAUGUCUGGCUCAUUGAGGCAACAGAGCAAAAAGUCCUAUAUUAUAGCUCCUCAGAUGAAAACAAGACAAAUUGCAAGAACACAUAAGUGUUAUCUGGUCUGCGGUUCAUGCAAGUCUGAAUGUAAAGCUUGGGAGUAUGUCUACAAUUACUAUGACAUUGAGUCCCGCUAUGUGGUGUGUGAAUUCCAAAAGCCAAUAGUGAGAUUCUUGACUAGUCCCAAGGCUACAACUUAA